AUGUCACCUUCAGAGGAAACUGCUCCUCUUUCUUCUUCCUCAUGGUCUUCUCCUUCAUCUUCCCCGCCAUCUUGGUCUUCAGGCAGUGUCCCAGGGAAUGCUCUGAAUGGCUUCUCCCCACCUCAGUCUCCAAAGAAGAAGACUUGGCCUCUUGAUUACUGGAGGAACACACCUAUCUGCGCGGUAGAAUGUUCCCUUAGUGGGGACCAUGGCGAAGCUUGCCUUGGGGCAUCUGGUCUGGCCACCUACAGGGGCCAGGCCAGCCCUACCUGCCUGGCCCAGGAGCUCGUGAUAGCUUACAACUUGCCCUUGCAGGUCUCAAGAGGUCACUUCAGCCCUUCUACCCCAAUCUUUCUGAGGCGCGCCAGAGCCCAGGGAACGCCCAAGCACAUGCACCUGUAUCUGCCUCCUGACCAAGUGCUGGAGCAGAUGGAGUACCGCGUGGUGAGGCCCCAGCCACCCAGCCCUGCAGAAAUGGCUUCGGAUGAGUGUCAGGAAACAGAGGCCCUUCUUGGGGACACCAGAAGCUUCCACAGAGGCCCACACGCCACUGGAGCGAAGGCCAGGUGUUUGCCGGACCAAAAGCUACCUCCCAGGGCUAGAGCUGACCCAGGAGAAAGGAACACUGGCCCCAGAAGGAGAGAGGAGGGUGGGUCAGAGCUGGUAGAGGGGAAGAGGCCGAGCUUGAAGAAGUUAGUCCUCACCCCGGAGCAGAAGACAAAGCUGCUGGACUGGAAUGACUCCCUCCCUGAGAGGGUGAGUCUGGAAGCUGGGGCACUACCUGCCCGGGAGGGUCCUAACAGUGGUCGAGGAGGCCAUGUGCUGAAACCAGUCAGCCCCUUGCUGCUCCCCCAGACAGCGCGAGAGACCUCUCCAGCCCGGGGAAAGGCUCAGGAGAAGACGCGGACCCCAGCUGAACAGGCUCCAGGGGAGCAAAGCAUCCCUCCACCCAAGUCCCCACUUCGGCUCAUAGCAAAUGCCAUCCGGAGGUCCCUGGAACCCCUCCUCCCCAAUUCUGCCAAGCCAGAGUCAAAGCCCUUGCCCACCAGCCAGCCGCACGCCUGCGCUCGCUCUUUCAGCCUUCGCAAAAUCAGCUCCAAUAAAGACGGCAGCCAGCGGUCCCCAGGGAGAGACAUGCCUUCACACCUUAGCUUUCCUGACCCUGCCUUCUGCACCCACAGUUUGCCCAGCCGGCCGUCCAAGAUGCUUCCUGCACUCAUGUCCCCAUCCUGCCCCAAGAUGGAAGAUGUCCCCACACUCCUUGAGAAAGUGAGUUUGCAAGAGACCUUCCCAGAUGCUUCUAGGGGUCCAAAGAGAAAGAUCUCGCUCUUCUCCUCCCUCCGACUCAAAGACAAAUCUUUUGAGAAUUUCCUCCAAGAAUCCAAACAAAGAAAGGACCUCCAGGACCUCUUUGGCAUCCGCAGAGGCAAAGGGGAGCCCGUGGACAGUGCCCAGCCCCUGGAGAAGCUGGCACAGCCUUCCAGCAGCACCUGCCUGGAGCAGAGCGUCCUUCCUCCCUCUCCAGACAAAGAUGCAAUAUUGUUGAUUUGGAUCAAUGAUCGAGAUGUGGCAGUUACUGUCACUACUGAUGAUGAUGACAAGAUUUAUUUAGGCACCACCAGUGAACCAGUUGCCGUGUCAGGCUCUUUUCAGCCUUUAACCAUCCACUACAGUUCUGCACGUCCCAAACACAUCCCUCUCCGAGUGCAGGUGACGGAGGCUGCCUCUUCUACCUCUUCCACCAGCUCCUCCUCUGGAGAUGAAGAUUUUCAUCCCCAGCCUUCGUUGCAGCCAAAGGAGAGGAAGACACUUAGAAGAAGGAAGCUGAAGAACGCAAUAAAACAAUUGGUUAAGCAAGAAGAAUUGAAAAGACUUCAUAAAGCUCAGGCCAUCCAGAGGCAGCUGGAGGAGGUGGAGGAGCGGCAGAGGGCUUCCGAGAUCCGAGGCGUGCGACUGGAGAAGGCGCUGAGAGGGGAAGCAGAUUCAGGCACACAGGAUGAAGCUCAGCUUUUGCAGGAAUGGUUUAAGCUGGUUCUGGAGAAGAAUAAAUUAAUGCGAUAUGAGUCGGAGCUACUGAUCAUGGCCCAAGAAUUAGAAUUGGAAGAUCAUCAAAGCAGACUGGAACAGAAAUUAAGAGAAAAAAUGCUCAAGGAGGAAAGCCAGAAAGAUGAGAAUGAUCAGAAUGAGGAGCAAGAAAUACUCAGCGAGAUGAUGCAAGUAAUUGAACAAAGGGACAGACUCGUGGACUCCUUAGAGGAGCAGCGCAUCAGAGAAAAGGCGGAAGACCAGCACUUUGAAAGCUUCAUAUUCUCCAGGGGCUGUCAGCUGAGCAGGACAUGAGCAGCCCAAGGCGCUCCCCCCCGGAUGCUGGCUGAGGGUCAGGCCAGGCACACCUCACUCACUCGCGGCUCCUUUCGUAGGAUCUGCCAUACGUGAAACUUAAGUGACACCCUACUGAGAUUUCUUCUUAAAAUUCUCCCAUAUGGAGUACAGCUGCCCGAGACCCUUUCAGAAAUUAUAAUGAAGACUAUACAAAGAUGGUUAGGGAAUUGGCAGUCACCUUGGUAAGGUCUCACACUGGAGGUGACCUUGGCAGAUGACCAGCAUUGUUUUCCCCGGAA